AUGGAAAGUGACUGGCUACCUACUGCUUCCACACUUUGCUUCUACAGCUUCUCCGGGGUGGUGUUCGGUGAUGAGUUCAUCUCGGUAGAAGUUCGCAAAGUUGAUGACGAUCCAUUUGAGAAGAAGUGUGAAUAUUCGGUACUUACUUGCUAG